AUGCGUUUCACUCCAGCCAUCCUGAUGCUCGCGAGCGCCAUUGGCGCCAUCGCCGCGCCCAGCGCUGAGCCCAUGGAACUCGAUGCCCGCACCCUCGAGGCCAGAGACGAGGGCAUCGACAUUAAGAUUUGCUCUGGCAUCAACUUGGGAGGGAACUGCAUUGACAUUGUAGUCUACAUCCAAAAUGAUUGCCACAACUUGAACGGCAGUCCCGUCAUGGACAAUGUCAAGUCCGUCAGCAUCCCUAACGGGUACCGCUGCCGCUUCUGGCAGUCGACCACCUGCAAUGGUGGUGGUACCGGCGAUAUCCAGGCUGGUGGUAACAACGACAUUGGCACCGGCUCGUUGAGCUCUGUCAAGUGCUACAAGAACUGA